CAUACUGAUUAUAGUUUUGGUGCUUGUUUACUCUUUUACUAUUGCCAAAAACGAUGUCGGUUUCAGAUCUUGCUUGCAGUUAUGCUUGCUUGAUCCUCCAUGAUGAUGGCAUCCCCAUCACUGCAGAGAAGAUUGUGCAAUUGGUGAAAGCAGCCAACGUUGAGAUCGAAUCAUAUUGGCCUGGCUUGUUUGCCUCACUAGCCGCGAAGCGAAACAUUGAGGAUAUUAUUGUGAAUAUGGGGUCUGUUGGUGGCGGUGCUUGUGCUGCCGCUGCUGUUUCCGCCCCGGCGGCAGGUGCUGGUGCUGCAGCCAAUGCCCCUCCAGCGCAGGAGAAGAAGAAGGAAGAGCCCCAGGAAGAGAGUGAUGAAGAUAUGGGAUUUAGCCUAUUUGAUUAGGAAGCUCUUUUAAGCAUGUUUCCUGCUUAAUUUUAUUACCUAAUAAGGGCAGUUCAAUUUUGCAUCAUCAAUUUAGUUAUUUGGCUUUCCAUUGUUUUGUUCGUUCUUGAGAAUCUGAAUAAAAAUAAGUUCUCUUUUUCUUU